GCCCCGAGCGCUCGGAGGCGGUGCGGGCCCGCCCCUGUCGCUGUGGUUACGAGUAAAGAUGGCGGAAGAGGGCGCUCCGGGCCGGCGCGGGGAGCGGGAGCGGAGCGAGGAGGCGCCGGCGGAGCGCGGUCCCGGCGCGGCUUUUCACAUGUUCGUGCUCAUGGAGGACCUGCUGGACAAGCUGAAGCUGCUGAGCUACGAGGAGGAGGCGCUGCGGCGCCACAACAUGCGGCCUCUCUCCAGGCACUACUUUGCGCUGCCCACCAAUCCCGGUGAGCAGUUCUUCAUGUUCUGCACGCUCGCCGCUUGGCUGAUCAGCAAAGCGGGACAUCCCUUCGAGCAGCCGCAGGAGUGCGAUGACCCCAAUGCGGUGAUUUCAAAUGUGCUCUCAGAACUGCGUUCCUUUGGAAGGUCUGUGGAUUUUCCUCCCUCAAAAUUAAAGACUGGCUGCGGAGAGCAAGUGUGCUAUGUUCUUGAUUGUUUAGCUGAAGAAGCCUUGAAACACACUGGGUUUACCUGGAAAAGGCCAGUAUACCCAACAGAAGAGCCAGAAGAAGAAGAAAUAACAGAAGAUGAUGCAGAAUUAACACUUAAUAAAUUGGAAGAGGAUGUUGCAGAAGAAGAAUCAGACAAUGAAGAAGAUUAUAUUGACCUGAAUGUUUUAAAGGCACAAACAUACAGAUCAAACAUGAGUGAUACUACAAAGCAAGAAGAGAUUUUACAGUCCACAACAGAUGCAGCAGAGUGGAAUCUGGAAGUGGAGCGUGUGCUUCCACAGCUGAAAGUCAUAGUCAGGACUGACAAUAAGGAUUGGAGGAUUCACGUAGAUCAAAUGCAUCAGCAUAAGGAUGGAAUUGAUUCUUCUUUGAAAGAAACUAGGGGUUACCUUGACAAACUCCAUAAUGAAAUCAGCAGAACACUGGAAAAGAUCAAUAGCAGGGAAAAGUACAUCAACAAUCAGUUGGAGCACUUGGUUCAAGAAUACCGUUCAGCACAAGCCUUACUGAGUGAGGCUAAAGAGAAGUACCAGGAGGGAAGUGGAGGAGUAACUGAAAGGAUUAGAGUGCUUUCUGAGAUUACAGAAGCAUUAGAGAAAGUAAAGCAGGAAACAGAAGAGAAAGGAAGCAGUAUGACUGAUGGUGCUCCUCUAGUGAAGAUUAAACAGGCCUUAACAAAAUUGAGGCAAGAAACUAUUCAGAUGGACAUACAGAUUGGUGUGAUGGAACACACAUUGCUCCAGUCAAAGCUGAAAGAGAAAUCCAAUAUGGCUAGAGAUAUGCAUGCAACAGUGAUUCCAGAAGCUGCAGUAGGUGCCUAUUAAAAUUGGUUGGACCUGACUUGAUUUGCCCAAAAUGCAGUUUUCUACCAUUUGCCUUUUUGUGAGUUCAGAGAUUUUGUUUUUGUUGGGGUAAGAUGAUGUUCUUUUUUCCUGUUCCUUUUGAACUAGCUGCUUGUUAAAAGAUGCACUUUUAAAAGAAGUAAUGUGCACACUUUGGACUCAAGAGGGAGCCAUGUUUAGUUUUGUGCUGUAAAGAUUUACUGCAUAUCUCUUCCAAAUAUACUAAUAAAUUCUUUUUAGUGAA